AGACAUUAUUUGCCGGUUUUUUCGCUGGGACACGUCGGCUGCCGUUUAUUUGUCUGCGAAACUUAACCAAAUUUGGAAUAAAUUUUGUGCUGCUUCUAAUUUGUGUAAUAUCUUCCAAAAUAAGCAACAUAUUGCAAAAGAAACAAAUUGCUUAACAUAAAACAAAAUUAGUUAAAAAAAUACAAAAAGAAUGAUGGCGUGGAAAAAUGUACUGUUCGUGUCAUUGGCGAUAUUCGCAUUGAUGCCUUUUAUUGCCACAGCAGAAGAGGAAGAGAAAAACUUUGCCGUUGAAUUGACUGCAGACAAUUUUGAUGAGGCUAUUGCGAAAAAUAAUCAUUUUGUUAAAUUUUUUGCACCAUGGUGCGGCCAUUGCAAACGUCUGCACCCUCUGUGGGAACAGUUGGCCGAAAUGAUGAAUGUUAAAGAUGAACCACAAGUUAUCAUUGCCAAAGUUGAUUGUACCCAACAGCAAGAGUUGUGUGCCAAACAUGAAAUCACCGGCUAUCCCACAUUGCGUUUCUUCAAAUUGGGUGAAACUGAAUCGGUGAAAUUCAAGGGCACCCGUGACAUGCCAGCCAUUACCGAAUUUAUCAACGAGCAAUUGAACGCAGACAAUGAAAUACCUCAUGGCGAGGAAAAUGAAGGAGAGAAAAAGACUGCCGAAGUCGGUGCUGUUGAAAAGGGAAAACUUGUUGAAUUGACUGAAGACAACUUUGCCAAGCAUGUAUCCAGUGGUAAUCAUUUCGUUAAAUUCUAUGCUCCCUGGUGCAGUCACUGUCAACGAUUGGCUCCCACAUGGGAAGAAUUGGCCAAGGCUCUACAAAAUGUGCAAGAUGUUAGCAUUGCCAAGAUUGAUUGUACCGUUUAUCGUCCAAUUUGCCAAGACUUUGAAGUUAAGGGCUAUCCAACUUUGUUGUGGAUUGAAGAUGGAAAGAAAAUUGAAAAAUAUUCUGGAGCUCGUAGUCUGGAUGAAUUGCAAUCGUAUGUUAAGAAAAUGCUUGGCAGUGAUGCAGCCACUGAGGCUCCAGCUGCUGAAAAGCCUUCCGGUGAUGCUGAUAAACUGCAAGUAUUGCAAUUGACCGGCGACAACUUCCAAGAUACCGUUGCUGAUGGUGUGACCUUCGUCAAAUUUUAUGCUCCCUGGUGUGGUCAUUGUCAAAAUUUGAGUCCAGUUUGGGAUCAAUUGGCUGAAAAAAUGCAUUCCGUUGCCAAUCCCAUUAAAAUUGCCAAAGUUGAUUGUACCGCCCCCGAAAACAAGAAGCUAUGCAUUGAACAAGAAGUAGAGGGUUAUCCCACUUUGUUUGCCUACAAAAAUGGUGUACGCCAAAGUGAAUAUGACGACAGCCGAUCCCUGUCGGAAUUGGUUGCCUAUAUCACCAAAUUUAUGAGACACGACGAAUUGUAAAUUGGAAUAUCGAACAUCCUUCCAUAAACGAUUCCACCGUUUCUUUCUAUCAAUUUCUAUGUAGCAACAUUUUAUUGAAAGAACAUCAAAAUAUGCCAUCAUGAAGAAAAACAAAAACAUGUUUCACACUUGCAUUUAUUGUAUCUCUUUUCCAUCAUUCAUUAUUGUCAAUCUUACUUUUGUCUUCUUUUAAUUCGUAUGUUUUGUUUAUUUAGUUAAAUUAUUUCUUGUGUAUUGUUUUAUUUUUAUAGAUUUUGUGAGUGAAUGUUUAUAUAAUUGUUUUAUUUUUUGGAAACUGUUUUUUUUUAACUUUAUUUUGUUCUUGUAAAAUUAUUAAAUGGCCACAA